AUGUCGAACCAGAGUAGCGUUCUCAAUGAAGUGAGUGAUCACAAUUUGGGGGCUGGGCCGAGAAGUGUUACUCCUGGUUCGCAUCCUGGUACUGGUAUGUCGAGUUCUGGUUUGGUUAGUGGUGCUACGUCCAGUGAGCUGCAGCGUUUGGCUACUUAUAUGGGUAUUAGUUUGGACCUGGUCGAUCAGUUGCGUAUGACCGAUUUAGACAGUGUCCAUGCCCGUGAUGCCACUAUCAGCUGGGCAGAUAAGUUAACUCACCGGCGUGCCCUGGAGCAGGCUUUAUCGGCAAAGACUGCUGGGGGCAAGAAGAGUACUGAUGCUACUACUACUGCUGUUGUUGAAACAAAGGGUAGUAAAACCCUCGAUAUUCCCAAGCUCAUCUCCCGGGCUAAGGAUGCCGGGAAGGUUAGUGGAGAUGAGAUCGACUCCACUGACGAAUAUGCUUGUGGUACUGCUGCUUUCAAAUAUUUCUAUCUUCGUGCCAAUUUGGACGAAGACAUUCGUGGUUAUGUUAAUAAAGAAGUGAAGGCUAAGGUCAACAAGGAAGUUAGAAUGGGACAAGUUGGUGUAUACAUCCGGCUCAUCGAGGAUGGAGUCUCAUUUAACUAA